AGAGCCUCGCUUCCCCCCUCCUUUCGCUCUCUCUCUUUUUUUUAUUAUUAUUAUUUUAUUUUUUUUUUCCCCUUGGGGAUAGAGGGGCGCACGAGGAGAAAAAAAAUAAAGGAAAAGGAAUUAUGAUCGCUUCGUGGCUGACUUUCGCCUUGCUUUGUGGAACUUUCUGUGCAGGACCAGGCCACGGGGAGGCGGAGACGAGGGAAUGCAUUUACUACAACGCCAACUGGGAACUGGAGAAGACCAACCAGAGCGGCGUGGAGCGCUGUGAGGGGGAGAAGGACAAGCGGCUCCACUGCUACGCCUCCUGGAGAAACAACUCGGGCUCUAUCGAGCUGGUGAAGAAAGGCUGCUGGUUAGACGACUUCAACUGUUACGACAGGCAGGAGUGUGUAGCCACAGAAGAAAACCCUCAAGUCUUUUUCUGCUGCUGCGAGGGCAACUAUUGCAACGAGAAGUUCACCCACUUGCCUGAAGUAACCGGCCCAGAAGUCAUAUACGAGCCGCCGCCACCAACACCCUCUCUGCUCAACAUCCUGGUGUACUCUCUGCUCCCCAUUGCUGUCCUGUCAAUGGCCAUCCUCUUGGCUUUCUGGAUGUAUCGGCACCGCAAGCCCCCCUACGGGCACGUUGACAUCAAUGAGGACCCUGGCCCACCACCUCCUUCUCCGCUGGUUGGCCUAAAGCCUCUGCAGCUCUUGGAGAUCAAGGCGAGAGGACGCUUCGGCUGCGUGUGGAAGGCUCAGCUGAUGAACGACUAUGUGGCAGUGAAAAUCUUCCCUAUUCAGGAUAAGCAAUCUUGGCAGAGCGAGAGGGAGAUUUUCAAUACUCCUGGCAUGAAGCAUGAAAAUCUUUUGCAAUUUAUCGCAGCAGAGAAAAGAGGGACAAACCUAGAGACAGAGCUCUGGCUGAUCACAGCUUUCCACGACAAGGGGUCUCUUACAGAUUACCUGAAGGGCAACAUCAUCAGCUGGAAUGAGCUCUGCCAUGUAGCAGAAACCAUGGCCCGUGGCUUGUCCUACCUACAUGAAGAUGUCCCUUGGUGCAAGGGUGAAGGGCACAAACCUGCUAUAGCACACAGGGACUUCAAGAGUAAAAACGUCUUGCUGAAGAACGACUUGACGGCAGUGCUAGCCGAUUUUGGUCUAGCUGUACGGUUUGAACCUGGAAAACCUCCAGGGGACACUCAUGGACAGGUGGGAACGAGGAGGUAUAUGGCUCCCGAAGUGUUAGAGGGAGCAAUCAACUUCCAACGAGACGCCUUCCUGCGAAUAGACAUGUAUGCAAUGGGACUGGUAUUGUGGGAAUUAGUCUCCAGAUGUAGAGCAGUUGAUGGUCCGGUGGAUGAAUACAUGCUGCCUUUCGAAGAAGAAAUAGGUCAGCACCCAUCCCUUGAGGAUCUGCAAGAAGUGGUGGUUCACAAGAAGAUGCGCCCCGUGUUCAAGGAUCACUGGCUAAAACACCCCGGCUUGGCGCAGCUCUGCGUGACCAUUGAAGAGUGCUGGGACCACGAUGCGGAGGCUCGGCUCUCGGCGGGCUGUGUCGAGGAGCGCAUCGCUCAGAUCCGCAAAUCCGUAAACGGCACUACCUCGGACUGCCUCGUCUCCAUCGUGACGUCCGUCACCAACGUGGACUUGCCGCCCAAAGAGUCUAGUAUCUAAGUCCUGGUUCACAUUUGUCUUUCCAGACUCAGUGGAUUUGAAAAAAAAAAAAAAGAAAAGAAAAAAAAGUUUUAAAGAAAAACACACACAAAAAAAAAAACAAAAACGCAAAAAUCCAACAAACACGUGAAUGCAGCUGCUAUUUUAUCUUGACUUUUUAUUAUUAUUGUUAUUAUUAUUAUUAUUAUUUUUUGGAUUGGAUCAAUUUUACCAGCACAUUGCUCUACUGUAUUAAAAAAAAUGGACAUUUCAGCAAGCAUUCAGGUGCCGACUAAUGAAUGCAGAAAAGGUGCAGGUACCUCAGAACCUCAACAAACUCACUUCAGUUCGUGUUUUUUUUUUUUUUUUUUUUUUUUUUUUUAAUUCAGUUUUCUGGGUUUCUCUUUAUCGGUCUGUCUUCUGAGCGGAGCAUCUGUGACAUAAAGGAAAACCACCUACCAUCGUAGAAAAUGCAAUGCUGCAAACUUUGGAGGAAACUUAAGACUGUUAUAUAAGAUUACACCUUCCUCAAAAGGAUUUUUUCCCCAUUUUGUUUUGGUUUUUGGGUUCCGUUCCGUUUUAGGGUUCUUUUUGGAAGUGAGCUUCAAAAAAAAACAGCAGAUGUGUCUUUUACGGAUCUAACGGGUGUCAUUGUAACAUGGAAAAAAAGUAACUGGGCAGAGAAUGUUAAUUCUUGGUGGUAGAAUUGAAGGGGGGAGCGUAGAAUAGGGGUGGGGAGAGUGACGUUGGACUUGGCAGCAUUUGGGGAAACAUCAUUUGCUAUGGAGCUACUUCUCAGGUAACCAUUAGAGGAGAGGAAGGACAUUUCUGGGCAGAGUAUUAACGGCUGCAGCGUAUGGAGAAAGCUGAGUUAAAGAGCCGGUGGCUGUAAGCAAGGCUCUAGUUCAUCCUUCCUCCAGCUUCUGGGGCUUGGGUGGUAAAAGAAGAAAAAGCAGAACUAUAAUUACCUUUUAUUUUUCAACUUCAGAUAGUAACGGGAAGGAUGCUUUUAAGCAGCGUAAUUGGAAGAGGUGGGAAAGUGCGUUCUCAGAAGCACUUUGGUAAAAUACUGGAAGAUAGGAAAAAAAUUUGCAUCUCGCUUGAAGCGUGAGUCAUUUCAGGCAAUUUGGCCUCGGGGUUGAUUAUCUGCCAGCCCAAGCCAGCGGUGCAGAUGGUAGAAAGAGGAAAAGCGUGAAAACUGGCUCUGUAAUUUUUUUAUUUUUUUAUUUUUUUUUUAAUUUGGGGUUGUAGGGAGGUGGAAAUGACCUGGACCAGUGGCAGAUGGCUCCUGUAGCAUCCCAGAAGCCUAGGAACUGUACAGUUGCAGACUGCCGAGGCAGCUGAGCAGCAGCAGCGAUUCUCACGGCAUCUCGCAGACUGGUUUCUUUGACGCUGCUUUCUCCUUACUCUGUGACUAAACUCUUUUGUCUUCAAGUGGUGCAUAUUCUAAAAUACCGUUACUCUUAUUAUGCCAUAAACUCGCUCUAGUCAGUGAAUGUUCCUAAUGCUGCUGAUUCAACAUUGAAAUAUUUUUUUAAUUUGCAAUACAUGCAAUGUUAAAAGAAAAAAAAAAAAAGAAAAAAAAAAAAAAACACAAAACACACACACACACACGUUACGUGGCUUCCAAGGUUUAAACUGAAAAAAAAAAAAAAAAAAAAUUAAAAACUUCAUGACCACAGACCACCUCAAACCAGAAAUACCUCAGAAUUUUCUACUUGUAUGAGUUUUAUUAUAUAUUUUGUUAGUUGUGUUGUCUUGUAGUAAGUAUAUUUUAAUGUAAGUUGGCUUUUAUGACAAGGGAGUUUUAAAAAAAGAAAAAAAAGAAAAAAAGUUCCAAAAUCUUUUAGGAAGUGCUACCAUUUUUUUGUUUGUUUGUUUUAUAAAGCACCAUUGUAAAUAACUGUAUACAGUUGUAGAAUAACUGCCUAUAUAAGGUACCUGGGCAUUAUUCACUUUUAUUUGUGAAGGCUGUUUCCAUUCUGUGUUUUUUUUUGUUUGUUUUGUUUUUUUUUGGUCUGUUUUAGUGAAAGGACAGUACAUCUUUUUUAUUAUUGUUAUUAUUAUUGUUGUUUUUAUUUUUUUAUUAUUAUUAUUAUUUUUAUUUUUUUUUGGUCUUUGAAUAUAACAUGAAUUCUGUGUCUUGCUAGACUGACAAAGCGAUGUCCAUUGGAUGGCCAGAACUUCUAAAUUUUUUCUUGUGUUAAGCCAAAACGCAGUCCUGAACUAAUCACCCUUUAAAAAAAAAACACGUAAAAAGUCUGUACUAUAUAGAUGAAUUGGGCUUGUUGUCACUGCUAAAUUGCCAGUGUGGACCCUUGCACAAAUGUAAUUUAUUAAGCAAACAAAAUUGCUAAUUGGAGAAAAUAUGGAGAAAAUAUAAAGUAAAUUGAAAUAUAUCUCUUGAAAAAUAUAGCUUUAAAACCUAGAGGUCACAAAUGAGGACGCGGUCCUUUAUCUCGAAGAGACAUGAAGAUAAUUGCCUUAAUUUGUCUAUCUGAAUAAAGUCUUAACCUAUUCUUUCAAGUUACUGAAUGUAUAUUGCAUAUUAGUACGUACACACAUGUAAUUGUGUUUCUGUGUGUAGGAUUGGAAGUUUCUGUUCCUUAAUGUGAUUCUGUUGAGAACACCGUGACAAAACCGGACAGAACGACACCAGUUUGACCCAGCUGAUGCCGCUGGUGAGGGCUGGCAUCUCUGGGGGCUGAUGCUGCAGCCUGCCUAUGCUGAACGUUAAGCGAGUGGGUGGCUUUUCUGGUGGCAUGCCAUCGAUCGCUCGCUUAACGUUAAGCAUGGUCGUAAAGGUUUGCAGGAUCAGCGCUUUUCACAUUCUAAUACAUUUCUGCACUGAGAUUUAUAUGAAAAUGUGACUAUGUUUUAGAAGUGAAGUGAUGUAAGGGUUGGGGUGGAGUCUAGAGCAGAGUUAAGACUGAGUGAAUGCUUGUUUCGAGGUGGGCUUGCUCCCGUUUCCCCAGAAAUGGGAGCUGGUUCACGUUGCUGCAGAAAGAAAAAAAAAGCUGUACUGUCUUUUAACUGUCGAUAUCUGUUUGCUGUUCUGGAUUUUUUCCUUCAGUGUUAUGUAUAAUGGCUAAAACAGGCUUAUUACAGCAGUUGCUUUUUUAUCCUGAUUUCUUUGAGAAGCUUUAAAGUAUUUAUUGAAAGUGCCAUAUGAUUUUAAUAGCCUAUUAGACAGUCUCUUAAAUCGUCUCUUCUGAGAAAGCAUAAACAAAAAUUCUCACGUGUAGCUUACCUUACUGCGGGGAACUGUACAACCUUGGACCGAAUGUUGAUUGUAUUACCUGGUGUGAUGGUUCCUUAUAGAUCAUCUUGUCAGCAGGGUUCAGAAACUGAUUUUAAAAAGAAUUUCCAAAAAGCAUGAGUGCUCGGUUACAAAUUUUAAAUGUGUGUUGGUAUGUGUGUCUUGCUACCGCAGCAGGGAAGGAAAUCCUGAACUUUUACCUAUUUACAAAUUUGUACCAGUUUAGCUAAAGUUGUUCUUUUAACUGGUAUUUAUUUAUUACUGAAGACAAGCUCUGAUGAACUUACUGGUCUUUAACCACUUGAGCUGUCAAGCAAGUAGUUUCCUCAUCGCUAAUCUAGCAUUUGAACUUUCAUUGACAACGUGAUUUUGGUUUUGUUCAGUAUUGCAGAAGCUUUUUCCAGGUCAGCAACAGGGCACAUCCAUAGGUGUAGCUGUAAUUGUGACUCUUCUUCUCUUAAGACUCCCUUGAAAAUGCUGGAUACAACACAUCUUACGUUACUUCCCAAACACUAAAUUUCACUUCCCAUUCCGAUUUUGAGGAAGUAGCUCUGAAAAAUUUUGUCACCGAAUUUUAUUGUUGACCUUUUUCUUUUGCAUAGCAGUUCUUAGGUGAAUACUAACUAUGAAUAUCCUGGAAGGCUCUGUCAGUGGUAACAAUUCUCCGUGACUUGAGGAGCCAGGAUUCCCCUCUCUCCGGUCUCACUCCUUUUAUUAAUUUAUUGCACUGGCUGGGGCAGUUUCCUAGGUGAAGGAAGUUUGAACUUACAUUUUGAGACUGGAGCUAAAAUUGCUUUCUUGAGGUGAUAGAGCUGUGACUUGCUACUACAAUUGCAUUAGUACAGCAAGGCUGGAAACUGUACAUGGCUCCCAUUGACAUAUAUGUGCACACUCUAAGAGAAGGCUAUUAACAGGUCUGACCAUCAGUUAAGUGAUACCUGGCCUACUCGUUAUUCUGAUUAAGGAUUUCAGCUAGUCCUGAUCAUGACAUUUUCUCUACUGAAGACAAAAGAAAAUCACUUUUUAAUUCUGCCUCGUUCUUUGGCUGAAAUUUUCUUACAGAAUAAACUACGCUUGGUAAAGUUACACCUAUGGAAAUGCCAAGGUCUUUGUGUUUAUGUUUGUUUCAAAGAAAAGGUACAUGAGUACCCCCCAGUAACUCUACUGCAUUUUGCUUAGGUCUCGUGAUUCACUGCUGUUUCUGUUGAAGUUGUUCAGUUCAGUGGGAGCAGCCUUGGGUCCUCUGAGUGCCGGCAUUGCUGGAGUGGGGUUUCCAGGUUGGUUGGACAGGCGUUUGCCAUUAGGAAUGCUGACCCCUCUUAGUAUCAUAGCAUAGAAACUGGAGAGCACAGGUUUUAUUCCUCUUGUGCUGCUUUCUAGGCAGACUGUCAGAAUUUACCUGUUUUGCAGGUGAGAGAUCUGGUUUCACUUAGUAAGGAAGAAACUCCUAUGGCAGAGGAAGGUGCUGGUUGAUAAUAUUGUGACAGUGCUGUUGUUGCAGUCCUCUACAAGCCACACUCCCCUUGAGAAGUUGCUACGCAGGAAGUGUCCCACAAACUAUUAUCACUUUUACAUACAGAAUAUUGUUUGGUAACACUGUAAAUAAAAUAGACUAUAUAAUAGAGGAAAAUAAGGACAUUUUGACUUUUUUACUUUUGGAAAUAUAUAUAUAUAUAUAUUUUAGUUACAUAUACAAGCAAAAAUUCUACAUUGUGUGAGAAUUCUUUUAUACCACAAAUUAUUUUUGUAAUGUCUAAUAUGUUUCUGCAGGGAAAAGGGAGAAAGGUCUGUGUACGCACAGCAAAUUAAUAAAUAUAUAUAUAUAGUGUUUAAAAUAAGUGUGCACUACAUCAAAGUCUAGAGGGUAGAACAAAUUUAGCCUGAAACCAGUGUGAGGAGCAAGUUUGGAUGUACUUGGACAUGCUUUGAGGGCGGCACUGAGUAUAUGUUUAAUAGGUUAUCAUGCAUGUCACAUCCCUUCUGCUAAAAAUGCUUAUUGCUUUUCUAUGACCACCUUCAGUUUAACCAGGAAGUUUUUUUUUCAUGUAAUCAUGCACGUAUCCAUGUGUGAGCAGUGUGUCUUUUGAGAUAUGCCAUGAUGCUGCAGUGAGUUGUGAAGUCAGGGUGUUAAAAAUUUACUGAGACCAAAUAGUUGGGCUGAUCUAACUCGCUGCCAUAUCCGUUUAUAGCAGCUGCGUUUUCUGCGUUGACAAUAUGAUCUGUAAGGAGCUGUUGCCAGUAGAGUCUUGAUAAAAGCAUUUCCCAGAAGUUCCUUCUCACUGAAGUGACACCAAUAAUCAGACUUCACCAGAACAUGCAGAUGUGCUCUGUGUUCCCAGUGUCAGAUUUUACUGUCUGGGUCAGACGCACUAAGGAAAAGAAGCACUGUCAUGUCCGAAGUUCUACUUAGAAAAAGAGCAUUCCUAAUUUGUGUAACCAAUCCAACAUAUUCUAAAGGUAUUAAAGAAA